AUGUCUUCACUUAAAGUCUUAACGUUAGGUGAUAACCCUAAUAUACUACUAUAUACAUCACGUUUCCAAUUAGCUAAUAGUGUGGAUCUAUACCAUAUAAGUAAUACUGAUUCAAAUGUGUUUGAAAUUGAGACUCAUGCUUAUGGUACAGAAAGACUUGUAUUAAAAAACCAUUAUAGGUCUGUUAACCUAUUGACUGAAAAAUUAAAUGGUUCUGAGCAAUUGAUAUAUGAUGUUAUUAUGCUUGGCGCUUCUUCUUUACAAGAAUUAUCUGCAUUAUCUAAUGAUUUAACUGAAUAUAUGAAUAGCAGCACUAAAGUUUUCAUAGAAAGUACAGGUUUUGUACAAUUAGAAUCAUUUGUGAAAAUGUCAAUGAAUGUUCCACAUUUAAACAUUUUCAGUAUUUUAACAGAUUUUGAUAUUAGAGAAACUUCCAGAAAUACAUUUAAACAAUUUAGAACUAAUAAUUUAAGUUCAUCAACGAAUACCAUAUAUUUAGGUGAUUCCUCUGUGAAGACUUCAGAUUAUGCACCUGUAGUAGUCAACUUAUUGAAAACUUUCGAAAGAUUAUUUCAAAAAUUGUUUCCUCGUGAUACUAUUAACCUUUGUAAUGAAAAUCCUUCAAGAUUUUUAACCACUCAAUGGAAUAUUGCUUUACCAAUUAUAUGUUUCGAUCCUUUGUUGAUUCUAUUAGAAGAAACUGAUCCACAGCAUUUAAAGGAUCAAAUCCUUGCUAAACCUUUAAUAUCAGGUUUAGUUAGUGAAGUAUUAAGAAUUACUAAAUCAAUGAAAUUAAAAUUAACUUGGGAUAAUGAAAAAGAUUUAUUAAAUAAUUGGGGGGAAACUUAUUCCAUACAUAAUUCAAUGCCUUCUUUAUUAUAUCAUUUUAUUCAUAAGACUGCCCCAUUGAAUUUCGAUAUUAUUCUUUUACAAGUUAUCUUAUUAGCUGAUGAUUUUAAUUUAAAGACUCCAUAUUUAGAAUUUUUAUAUUCUACAAUGAUUCAAAUUCAAAAAUUAAAUGAUAAUAAAUCAAAAUGGUUUAUUAGAUCAGAAAAUAUUAAUCAAUCAAAUACAGAAGUUGAAAAUUUAACUUCUCAAAAUGAAAUGAAUUUAACAAAGAUUCAAGAAUUGAAUAAUACAAUUAAUAAAGACCAAUCACAACUUCAAAUUUUGAAGACUUCAGAGACUAAUUUAAAACAUCAACUUGAUUUAUUAAAGGGUAAAUUACAAUCAUUUGAAAAAGAAAAUGCAGGAUUAAUCUCUAAACAUGCAAACGAGAUUAAAAUUUUACAAAUGGAAUUACAAAAAAGUUCUCUGAAUGAAUCUAAUGAUGAGCAACCAUUGACUAAUAAUGAUUUGAAUGGUGUUAAACAAGUACAAGAAUAUAACUUAUCAGGAACUCCAAUCAUGCAUGAUUUACAAGAUUUUGCUGGAUAUGGCGUCAAUUAUGCCGAUUCCCCAGCACAAAUGAAUAAAUCCCCAACUCCGCAACCCAAUAAUAGAAAUUUUCAACAAAAUGAUGCUGAUAAUUCAAAUGGUAACAGGUUAGAUAUUCCAGUAAGCAACCAUAGUGAAACAAAAUCAACCAGUGGAAGCGAUACCUCUUUGAAAGAAAGAGAACUUGAAUUACGUAAGAAAGAAUUAGAGUUACAAGAACGUGAAUUGGAUAUGCAAAGAAAAGCAAUGCAGAUUCAAAUGAGAGGAUUCUCUAACCAACAGCAAUCACAACCUCAACAAUUUAAUGGUGCCAGUAGAAAAUCAUCUUAUGUUAAUAUGCAACAACAACAACAGCAGCAACAACAGCCACAAGCUAUGCAAAAUGGAUAUGGUCGCUCAAGUAGAAUGCUUCAUGGUGCUACUGCACCUUCUGCUACUGUAUCUGCUGGUGAAUUCAUGGAUCCAAUAUCAUCAACGAUGGGUUACAAUAAUAGUAACUAUAAUAAUUAUCAAGGCCAAAUGAAUCCAAAUCAACAGUAUCAAGCACAUGGUUUUAAACCAACAAGUAGGAAAAAUAGAAAUAGUAAUAUGCCAUUACUAGGUAGUGCUUCGAGUGCACCAGGGACUGCGGGAUCCUUUGGUACUUAUAACAGACCACAAAAUGGGAGUGCUAGUCAACCCAAUUUAAAUCAAUCAAGAAUUGGUUCCAUGACAAGCCAGAAUUUACUGGCUGGUCAAGCAAGAAAUAGACCUGCACAAAAUGUAGGUCCAUAUACUAAUAAUUCUCGUAACAAUAACGUUGCCCCUGGCAUGAAUAGCACCAGUAUGGCAUCUUUACAACAAAGACAAACUAGCGCGAUGUCUGUUUCUAAUAACGGAGAUCCAAAUACAACGUCAAAUACUGUUAUACAUAAUGUACAAUCGGCAAGUACAAAUAACGUGACAGGCCUAAAACAAACAUACGCACCAGUCACACUCUCACAGGGCACAUCUGGCCCUUCGAAAAUGAACAUAAGCGGUGGUUCUAUGCAAGGUCAGUCACAAUCGCCAAUCAUACCAGCUUCACCAGAUGUUUCAUCAGUAGCUGAUCAAUCUUCGUCAAGUCACGACGAUAAAAAAAAGAAGAAGAAAUUUGGUUUCUUUAAAAAGAAGUCUAAGAAUUGA